AAUUUCACUAUUUAUACCUUUCAAGGGAAAAGCUGCGCACGGUUUCUGACCAACUAGACCCCGACAUGCGUCACCUGAAACUUGCUCCGUGUAGGAGCGGGCAAAGUUCCCCUGCUUAAAACCUAACAUAGACCAUUCAUUCCACUUGACAUCAAUCUUUACUUCAACCAACAUGUCCAGACCUUCAGGCCCUCCACCGGGAUUUCCAGGUAACAGCAAUGCUCAGUACCUGCAAGGUCAAAACUAUCAGUACGGCCAACAAGGCCAAAACCAGUACGGUCAACAAGGUCAAAACUAUCAGUACGGUCAACAGGGCCAAAACCAGUAUGGUCAACAAGACCAAAACCAGUACGGCCAGCAAGGUCAGUACCAGGGCCAAUAUCAAGGCCAGUUCCAGGAAGGCCAAAACCAGGGCUACAGCCAAGGGAGACCUGGCGUCCCUCCUCCUGGCUGGUCGAACCAGCAAUACCAGCAGCAAGCGAACUCCCAGUCGGCUUUCCAGGAGCAAUCUUACGGUAACAAUGUACAGAUCCAUUCUGCAGGUAAUCUGUUACAGGCUCCUUCGACCCACGCCCAAUCCUUCGGGGCUGGCACCAACUACAACUACAGGUACUCCAACUGUACCGGACGGAAAAAGGCGUUGCUCGUGGGGAUCAACUACAUCGGGACCAAGAAUCAAUUGAACGGGUGCAUCAACGACGUGAACAAUGUGGCCCAGUUCUUACAAUCGCACGGCUUUCCAAAGGAAAACAUGGUUGUUUUGACGGAUAAUAACACGACCCAGCGCAGCAUUCCAACGGGGCAGAACAUCCGUGACGCGAUUGGCUGGCUCAUCAAAGACGCGCAACCAAACGACUCGUUGUUCUUUCACUAUUCCGGGCACGGAGGACAAACCAAGGACUUGGAUGGCGAUGAGAGUGACGGAUAUGACGAGGUCAUCUACCCAAUGGACUAUGAGGUCAACGGUCACAUCGUGGACGACGAGUUGCACGCGAUGCUCGUCAGACCAUUGGCUGCGGGGGUCAGGUUGACCGCGCUCUUUGAUUCGUGCCACUCAGGCUCCGUUCUCGACUUGCCCUACAUGUACUCCACCAAGGGCGUGUUGAAAGAGCCAAACUUGGCGGAGGAGGCGGGGAAGGACUUGCUAGGUGCGGUGACGUCAUAUAUGCAGGGAGACAUGUCUGGUGUGAUGAGCCGUGUCACCGGGCUAUUCGAGUUGGCGACCAACGGCGGGGAGAACGAAAAGGCACAUGAGAAGCAACGCCAGACGAAGACGGCGCCUGGGGAUGUGAUCAUGAUGAGUGGGUGCAAGGAUAAUCAGACGAGUGCCGAUGCGAAGGAGAACGGGGUUGCAACCGGGGCUAUGAGCUACAGUUUCAUCCGGGUCAUGGAGGCUGGAAAAGACCAAACCUAUUUGAGCUUGCUCCAGAACAUGAGAGAAGUCUUGAUGGGGAGGUACUCGCAGAAGCCACAGUUGAGUGCGUGUCAUCCGAUCGAUACCAACUUGAAGUUUGUUAUCUAGGGGUGUAUCUGGAGUGUGUUUUUGUUUAGUAAAUGAUUUUUUGAUAAAGGUGUAGUUGGGGAUGAAUUAGCUGUUUUUUUGUCCUUGGUAGUUUCCAGUGUCGGUUGAUUUACUUCCUAUGGCGAUAAAGUCUUGUAUAAUAAUUUCUCCCGUCGUAAUUUUAAGCUACAAUCUUUGU